UCAGCCUAUGACAAUGAUGCCAUUGUCCCAGCUCGGUCUUUAUAUGUCAUAUACUACCAUAUGAAUUUGGGGUGGGGCACUGCAGAACAGAAGAUGCUUGCUUCUCACUGCUAACCCCCACCCUCCCAUGUAGGACAAAGUCAAAGGGAUGCAAUUGGCAAGACUUCAGGGGAAGUGGGAAACCCAUUCUUUCAAGUAAAGAUGGGGUAGCCAGGGGAAGAUUUGGACUGCAGUUGGGGGCAUCAUUAAACUGAAGUCAAACCCUGUAUCCCACCCUUACACUUACACUUCAGUUGUGCCCUCUCCCCAGUAUUGCUGCAUGCACUCUUGUUAGUUGUUUCUUGCAUGUGCCAAUUCAUCUAUUCUAGGUUGCUCCAGAGGGAACAACUAGGAGGUAUUGCUGGAGGUAUUUAAACAGAGGCUCAAGGAGGUGGUGGUUACGUUUUGCACUGAGCGAGGGGAAACAGUAGAUUCCCAACUCUGUGAUUCCAUGGUUUGUACCCAAUGUAGUGCUAAGUUACCUAUUGGUAUACUUGUUGCACUGGCAGAACAUUGUUGCACAAGGAAAACCGUAAGCACUGAAGAUUAAGUACUCUCAGCUUCCCUAGCCAUUGGCUGUGCUGGUUAGAGGACACCACGUUGGCUGUGAUUGCCUUCCUUGAACAUGUUGGGAUUCAUGUUGAUGGAAGACAGAAACCUCAUACCAAAAGCAUUAAUAAUUUUGCUAACUAUCCCAAACAGAGGAAAAGAACUUAACACCAGAAAACAUUUUGCAUGCAGGGAGAGGCCCAGUUUGAUCUGAUAGGGCAUGCAGUUCUUCUUGUCUCAGAUUCCUUGGUUCUGGGGAACAGUGAUCUGUCUUCCUGGGGCAGUUUGCCAUCAGCCUAGAUUGCUGGCACAGCUGUAACUAUCAGUGCCAUUCACUAGAGUCAGAUACAUUUUCUGUCCCUACACCUUUCUUAUAUGAAAAUGGGAGGCUAUCUCAAUCUUUCAGAGGAAAUGGUUCUCCCUUUGAAGAAAAGCAAUGCAUCCUUUGUAAUGUGUGAAAUAGAUCCCUAUGAACAAAUGCAAUCCUCUGUAACUUUAUAAUUGGAAUGUAUGAGGCACUCUGCUUUAAAUCAGCUCCAAAUUCAGUACAAUACAUUUUCAUUGAUGAACUUCAGUUUUACAUAAAAGGUCAGUUAAAGCCUUACUCUUCUUCCCACCACCACCUCCCCACCUCUUUUAAUUCUCUUCCACAUCAGCAGAUGAAGUCAGACCUGGGUGUUCCUUGUGUUUCCUUAAAUACCAAGAAGAAGACAAAAGAUAUUUAAAAUUGCUCAGGCUUUUGUACUUGAUGGUUGUGGGAGGGAAACAUACCAAAACAUGCCCUUUUCUAAGAUGCAUCAGCUUUUACACCUUCCUGGAAAAUACAAAAGGGUAUAAUAAUAUUUAUUUUUUUAAAAAAAAACCUCUAAGAAAGGGGGGGCACCCUUCUAAACAAUAGAAGACCUUGUUAUGGUGUCACUUUCCACGUCAUAUGAAAAUAUUUUUCCAAAGUUUGAAAGCAUUUGUAAAAGAAAAAAGCACCACAAGUAUCUAGAGAUUUCCCCCUCUCCUUUAUAUAUAAAAAAACAAAAACCCAACAAAGCAAAGUUCUUCCCUCCCCACUCCCUUCUCUUUCCUUAAAAGAGAGAGAGGGAAAAAAGAGUUUAGAAAAUUUCACUUUUCUAUUCACUGCAGUUCUGGCCAAAGUAAAGCCCUCUUUUUACAUUGACGUCAAGAUCUUUACUAAGAUUAGGGUUUCAUUUCUCUAUUGCAGCAAUUAGCCAGGGAAUGUAUAAAAGGCUUGAGGGAAGCCGGCUAGAACUCCAGAGGGAAAGCACUUUGUACCACAGGCAGAUAGUGAGAGGGAGAGAGAAAGAAGAGUGUGGCAGGAGAGAGAGAGAGAGAGAGAGAGAGAGAGAGAGAGAGAGAGAGAGAGAGAGAGAGAGAGAGAGAGAGGCAGGGGAGAGAGAGAGAAGAGAGCAGAAAGUUUGUGUACAAAGAUUUCUUCCCACCCACCCCUCUUCCACCAAACGAAAAAAAGUAUUGUUUCACCUGAGAGCUUUGGUGAUAAAAGGAAUGAGAGAGCGAGAGUGCUAGAGCUGCUCAGCGCUUUUCAAUACCUCAGAGUUAGAGGAAAGUUAGCAGUUUGCUCAGCUUCAGUUUUAGAACUGCAAGCAAUUGGCAGCGCAGCUGUCUCUCCCUGUAGCGGACUGAAAAGGGGCUACUGGCUAAGGAGAAACAACAACACAAAGUUUGACUUAGGAGUUUCUGAAAAAUUAAAAGCAGCUCAGGGUGGAAAAGAUUUUCAUACUGGCGUUUUGAGUUAAUGUUUUUCUUCCUUCCUUCCUUUCAUUAAGCCCGUGCUCUGCUGCACUGAGGCAACUCUACGAGAAGAGACAGGGCACCAUGAGUUUUUAAGGAGCACUUUGUUUUUUGUUUUAAUUAUUAUUGUUAAUGAGAGCACAGGGCAUGACGAGGGAACUCAAGGGAAGCCUCUGAAGAGCAGCAGCAAGCAAGAUGGGUCUCUUAAGUGUGGACCUGUUGAUCACCCUUCAAAUCCUGCCGGUUUUUUUCUCCAACUGCCUCUUCCUUGCACUCUAUGACUCGGUGGUCCUCCUAAAGCACAUGGUGCUUCUUCUGAGCCGCUCCAAGGCUGCACGUUGCGAGUGGCGAAGGAUGCUCACGUCGGAGGGGCUGCGCUGCGUCUGGAACAGCUUCCUACUAGAUGCCUACAAACAGGUGAAACUGGGUGGAGAAGCACCUAACUCCAACGUGAUUCACAUACCCAAUGGUACCAGUGACAGCAGCAGCAGCAGAUGGAAAAGCUCUGGUGGGAAGUACGGCACUGAGUGCCACCUAUUAGACUUUGCCAAAUCGGAGCGCCCGCUGGUGGUCAACUUCGGCUCGGCCACCUGACCCCCCUUCACAAACCAGCUGUCGGCCUUUGGCAAGCUGGUGGAAGAGUUCUCCAGUGUGGCUGACUUCCUGUUGGUCUACAUUGAUGAGGCUCACCCAUCAGACGGCUGGGCUGCUCCUGGUAUCUCCUCCUCAUUUGACGUCAAGAAACAUAGGAACCAAGAAGACAGGUGUGCAGCUGCUCACCAGCUUUUGAAGCGUUUCUCCUUGCCGCCUCAGUGUCAGAUAGUGGCAGACUGCAUGGACAACAAUGCAAACGUGGCCUACGGGGUCUCCUUUGAGCGUGUGUGUAUUGUACAAAGACAAAAAAUUGCCUACCUAGGGGGCAAGGGCCCCUUUUUCUACAACCUCCAAGAAGUUCGACUUUGGUUGGAGCAGAACUUCAGGAAAAGAUGAAAUGUCCAGACUUACUAGAGGAAAAUACGUUGCACAUAGUGCCCCUUUAAAGCAAUGCAAAAGGGAAAGAAAUUGCACCCUGUUUUGGAUAGGCUUUUUUUUUUUUUUUUUUUGGCCUGUUACUGAACAGCAGGCCAAAUCAUAUGGCCAGAUUAACACAACAGACCAUGAAAGCAAAACGAAACCCGAAUUCCCCAUCAUCUUCCCAAAAGGGAGCUGAGAGAAGCGUUCUGUUUGGGACAGAAAGACUGGUGAGAUGAGAUUCCUGUGCCGUGAGCAGGUGAUCUUUGUGUUGAGGUGUUUGGUGCAGAAGGAACCAAAAGCAUCGCUUCUAGAACAGUUCGUUGAAAAGGCUAUGCCAUCAUUUGAAGGGGUAUCUCUUUGCCCUCCCGUUUUUGUCCUGCUGAAUUCAAAUGUAGCAAAAUUAGAAAUUUGAGGCUUGCAAGUGCCAUGAAAUAGAACUAUUCCUUUUUGAUAGAGAGGGUACGGCUUUAUAGAUACUGCGAGUUCCAGCAUCUGCUACAAACUGGCUAGUCAGUUGACCUCUUUUUUUGCUGAAAGUAUUGGUGUUCACAACUAGAAAUCUCUCUUUGCAGUAUUGUACAGCUGCAAUUCAGAAAGCUUUUAAUCUAAACAGAUGAUUUGAUGCUAGCUGGUUUCCAUGCUUUUGAAACAAAGAGAUUCAGCUUAUACCUUCAUGCAUAAGCCCUGCACUGUGGUCUUCAAAUCUUAAGGAGACUUAAAGAUUUCACAGCACCACCCAGCAUGAAAAACACACAUGUCUAUUUUAAAAUCAUAGGCUAUAUCUCAAAAUCUAACUUCGUGAUAAUGUUGUGGCAAAGCAGA